AUGGCUCAAAAUAAGCAAUUAAAUAAGGAUAAACGACUUCCCAGAAGAUCAAAUAUAUAUUAUAAUGUUAUUAUUUACGUUGGUGAAAAUGAAAAUGUGAAAGAAAUACAUGCACAUUCAAAUAUUUUACGUAUUAGGUCACAAUACUUUCGCACAGAACUUUCUGAGGAAUUUUCUGAGAAGAAGGAUGGAAAAUUUAUUUUUAGAAAACCUAAUAUUUUACCUCAAUUAUUUGAAGUUAUUUUAAGGUUUAUUUAUUGUGGGAGGAUCGAUUUAGAGAAAUUGCAAGGACCUGAUAUCUUAAAGCUUUUGAUAGCGGUGGAUGAUCUUGGGAUUCAAACUUUAACCAACCAUAUUCAAGAGCAUUUGAUUAAAAAUCAACAUGAAUUUUUACAACAAAAUCCCAUUGGAAUUCUUGAAGCAGCUUAUCAAAACGGAACUUUCACAGAAUUAUUAAAUCUUUCGCUCAAGAAAAUUUGUGAUGAACCAGAAAUAUUAUUUAGUUCAGAUAAAUUUAUUAGUUUGAAACCAUCUUUAUUAGAAUUACUUUUUAAAAGGGAUGAUUUAAUGAUAGAUGAAAUCAUUAUAUGGGAAAGUUUAAUUAAAUGGUGUCUGGCUCAACAUUCCAUUAUUUCACAAGAUCCUAGACAAUGGAAUAAUGAAGAAAUUACAAUUAUGGAGAGAACAAUUCAUAAAUUUAUCUCAUUAAUAAGAUUUAAUCAUAUUUCUUCAGAAAAUUUUGGUAUUAGGGUAUAUCCUUUUAAAGAAAUAAUGCCAAAAGAUUUAGUUAAUAACAUAAUUCUAUUUCAUAUGACUCAAAAUAAAAAAUUAAAUGUAGAUGAACGACCUCCUAGGCGAUCAAAAUGUAAACUUGAUUCUGUUAUAAUUAAUCAGAAUUAUAUUUCAAUUUUUGCUAAUUGGAUUUAUAGAAAAGAAAAAAUCUCCGGAUAUGUUCCUUAUAAUUUCCAACUUUUAUUUAGAGCUAGUAGAAAUGGUGACACAGCUGAAGCAUUUCAUAAAGAAUGUGAUAAUAAAGGGGCUACUUUAGUUAUAAUAAAAAUCAAUAAUUCGGAUCAAAUAGUUGGAGGAUAUAAUCCACUUUCUUGGGAUACCUCGGGUUGGAAGUCUACUUAUGAUAGCUUUAUAUUCUCGUUUAAAAAUAAAAAUGACUUUACUAGUACUAAAGUAAGUUAUAGUAAUGGUGACCAAUAUUCUAUAGGCUGCCAUUCAAUAAAUGGUCCAUUCUUUGGUGGUAGCUGGGGAGAUUUAAUUCUCUAUCAAAGUAUUUGGUAUAGUGAGCCUAAUAAAAAGGAUAAUUGCUCUUAUCCCAAAAUUGAUAUACCUAUAGGUAGUUUUAAAGCAGAUGAUUAUGAAGUUUUUCAAGUUGUUAAAAUAUAA